GCUGAGUUGCCUUUAAACGAGACAAGCAUCGCGACCAAGCAGAACGGCAUUGUCUCAUAUUCGGCAGCGCGGGGUGUACGGGUUGUCUCCCGAGCACUGCCCAGGAGUCAACAUGCGUGGCUUCCGGGUGCUCCGAACGCUCCACGUGCAUGGCCGCCACGCCGCCGCCUGGAGCUGCGUGGCGCUGGCGGCGUCGGAGCGGCGGAAGGAGUCGCACUGCUGGAGCCUGUGGGGCAGCUAUGACGUCGGGGUCAUCCCCGGAAGAGAAUCCACGCUGCUCUCCAGCUUGCCACUAGAGAAGAAGGCGGUGCAGGCAAGCGACGUGGACAUGGUCAUCUUCCACGGGGGCUGCCCGGAUGGCUUCGCAGCUGCAUUCGCUGCUUACCUCAAGCGCGGCACUGCUUGUGAGUAUGUUGGCAUCGGCCAUGGUUUUAAGAAGCUGCCGGAGAACGUCGACGACAAGACGGUGGCCAUUUUGGACUUUUCCUUCGAUGCACAAACCAUGGAGGAGUUGCGAAGAAGAGCCAAGGGUGUCAUCGUGCUGGACCACCACGCCAGCGCCGAGGAGACGUUGCGGCCCUUCCCAGCGGAAAACAAGGUCUUUGAGAUGAAAAUGUCCGGGGCGACGCUGGCCUGGGACUUCUUCCACGGGCAGUUCACCAGGAAGAACUGUCCCUUGCUCUUCCGCUACAUUGAGGAUAAGGAUAUUUGGCGCUGGGCAAUGAAGCGCUCAAAAGAGUUCUCGGCUGCCCAGGAGCUGGAGCUGCCGAUCCCGGCGCCCGGGGUGGUGGCCAACCCGGCGGCCGCCUUCGAGCCCUGGCUGCGACUCCACAAGGGCGGCGAGCGCGCGCUGGACGCUAUGCUGAGCCGGGGCACCAGCAUAGUGGCUUACCAGGAUUCGUUGGUUCAGGCGCAGGCGCGGUCCGCGCGGGUGCGUCGCUUGAAGGCUGUGCCGGACCAGAAGGCCUUCGUGGUGAACGCGACAGUCUUGCCAUCUGAGCUGGGCAAUGCGCUGGCCGAGCGAGGCUUGCAGGAGGGCGUGAGCUUCGUGAUGUGCGUGAAGUACCUGCCAGGCAACAAGCCUGGCGAAGGGAGCUGGUCCAUCUCCUUGCGGAGCCUCUUCGGGUCGCACGAGGCUGCGGCGGACGUGUCUGAAAUCGCUAGGAAGUUUGGAGGAGGCGGCCACCGUGCUGCUUCCGGUAUGGCUGUUCGAGUCAGCAACCUGGAAGAGAUAUUUGCGAGUGAGGCCUGAUAGCGCCCGCUUGGCACUCGCCGGUCGGACUCAGAACGUGCGUUCUAGAGCGCAUGGCGCAUGGCAGGAUCGUUUGAACUGCUUGGCUCGAGCGCUGGGGAAACA